AUCGCUUCAUCAUUGCCAAUCAAGAUCCUCAACGCGGAUUGGCCGCGAUGUUUACAAAGCAAUCAGCGAUUGGACAAGAUGACAUCGAGAGGGCGGGUCAAGCAGGGCGGUGCCCGGGCAGCUCUACCGGAGCAAGAUGGCGCCGUGAGGGGGUCGGAGCCGCCGCCGCCGCCGCCCCGGCCGAUCAAGCGACAGCAUGGCUGCGACUGCUGCCGUCAGCCCCAGUGAAUACCUGCAACCGGCUGCCUCCACUGCCCAGGACUCCCAGCCUUCUCCGCUCGCCCUCCUCGCAGCAACAUGUAGCAAAAUCGGUCCCCCAGCAGUGGAAGCCGCCGUGACUCCUCCUGCCCCUCCUCAGCCAACGCCUCGCAAACUUGUCCCCAUCAAACCUGCUCCUCUCCCUCUGGGCUCUGGUAAGAACAGCUUUGGGAUCCUGUCGUCGAAAGGGAAUCUCUUCCAGAUCCAAGGCUCCCAGGUUGGCACCUCCUACCCCGGGGGGCAGCUGGUUUUUGCCAUUCAGAACCCAACUGUCGUCAGCAAAGGGACUCGUUCAUCUGCAAACAUCCAGUACCAGGCGGUGCCCCAGAUCCAGGCUGCAGGGGGACAGGCCAUCCAAGUCCAACCCAACCUCACCAACCAGAUCCAAAUUAUUCCGGGCACAAAUCAGGCCAUCCUCACCCCAUCUUCAUCCUCUCACAAACCCGUGCCCAUCAAACCAGCACCGGCACAAAAAAGCGGAGCUUCACCAGUGCAGGGCUCAAGCAACGUGGUCAAGUUAACCGGUGGCAGCAACGUGACUCUUACCCUGCCCAUGAACAACCUGGUGAACACCACAGAGUCGAGCACGCAGGCUCAGGUCAUUGCAGAAAGCCCCUCAAAACCUGGUAAAAAGACUCGAAAGAAAGCCAUGUCACCCAGCCAACCCUCCACCGUGGCCGUGGCCGAGCAGGUUGAGACUGUGUUGAUAGAGACGACGGCAGAGAACAUCAUCCAGGCAGGGAACAACCUGCUGAUCGUGCAGAGCCCGGGCUCUGGGCAGCCUGCCGUGGUGCAGCAGGUCCAGGUGGUGCAGCCCAAGCAGGAGUCUCAGGUGGUGCAGAUCCCACAGCAGGCCCUACGUGUGGUCCAGGCCGCCUCAGCCACGCUCCCCACCGUCCCCCAGAAGUCCUCCCAGAACAUCCAGAUCCAGACGACAGAAUCCACUCCUACGCAGGUUUACUUCAAAACCCCAUCGGGUGAACUGCAAACAGUGCUGCUCCAGGAAGCCCCGGCCGUGACGGUGGCUCCAUCCAGCACCUCCUGCAGCAGCCCCGUGUCUCGUAACUCCAGCACAGUGACCAGCAGCAAGAAACCAACAACACGCAAGGAACGUCCGCUGCCAAAGAUCGCACCCGCCGGAGGCGUCAUCAGUUUGAGUGCAGCCCAGCUGGCGGCUGCAGCACAGGCCAUGCAGACCAUCAACAUCAACGGGGUGCAGGUCCAGGGGGUGCCUGUCACCAUCACCAAUGCUGGAGCCCCCCAUCCCGGCCACAUCCCUGACACAAAGUGA